CACCACAAAUUUGGAGAUUAGUUUGUUUGUUAUACACGCUUCUUCUCUUUCAUUCAAAAGCUUUUAUUCAUCUCCUUUGAUCUCAAGCUUCACAGGUCGUUAUUUGAUUUCUGAAUGAUGGCAACGAAGUCUAGUACAGGGAAAACGAAACCUGACAACCAAAACCUCACCAGGUCAAGAUCUCUUGGCAGAAAGCCAAAGCCUGAAGCGAACGCAGAUGGGUCUGGUCGGAAACCAGUUGAGAAGUCUUUACCCAAUUACCUGAAACCAACAAUAAGCUCAAGACCAGACCCGGUCAAGUUCUCGAAGAAGAACAACGCUGUAGAAGACAAGCUUCUUCGUAGACGAUCCUUUGAUCGUCCUCCUUCACCAUCCCAGAAAUUUCUCAAUACCUCUCCUCUUGUACGCCCACGAGAUAGACCCGUUGUUCCAAGAGAGAAGUCUGUCACUGGUCUGCGCUCUGCAUCUUUCCACGGAAGCGGAAGCAGCAGAGGUGGUCUCAGAGGAAGCAGUUUGGUGGCGUCGAGAGGAUCUCCGGGGGUAAAGAAGAGUGGUUUAAGCGGUGCUAGUUCUUCCAAGAGCAAAAAGGAAGGUUCUGAGAAUGUUCCAAAGAAAUCUUCUCCUGUUGCGCCUCCUCUCGAGAAUGAAGAGGAGAUUAUCAAGGUUGAGACCCAUGUACAAGUUUCUGAUCACAGAGAAGAAGGUAAAGCACAGGUUGCACAACUCGAUGAAUCUGAGGAAGAGAAGAUCCAUCCAAUGGAUGUCUCCACAGAAGAGGAUAAAACGGAAGAGCAUAAAGAACCAGAGAACAACAGUGAAGACAAGGAAGACGUUGAAAAGAAGGUUGAUGAUGAUGAGGAGAAUAAGAAGACAGUUGUUACUCAAGAUAUGAAAGAAGCUGCGGAUAUCGAAGAAACUAAGGAAGAGGAAGAAGCAGAAGUAAAAGAAGGAACAACAGAAACAAAGGCUCAAGUACCAGAGGAAGUAACAACGAAGGAAGUGGUGCAAGGGAAGAAGGAAUCUCCAACAGCCUACAACGAUGUAAUAGCAAGUAAGUUGCAAGAGAGCUCUAGAAAGAACAAGGUCUUGGCUCUUGCUGGAGCCUUUCAAACCGUUAUUGACUAUGAAACUGCUGCUUCUAAGUGAUACAUUACAGACAAACACUGCGUCUUGUUAGCUUUCCUAUGUCAGUGCUUUCAUCGUUUUUCCUGUUUUAUUGGAUAAAUGACUCA